CGCCCGCGCUAGGCGGCCCCCGGCGCUGCCAGCUGGAGUCGGGCGGAGCCGGCGCCCCAGCGCAGGGUGGCUCCGCCAGUCCCCGCGCGCCUGGGCGGCCUCACACGUGUCCAGGCGUCACGUCCGCGCGCGCCCCCGGGGCUUGCGUCAGCUGCUGCUCCGGUAGCGGGUGGGCCGAGGUUCUGCGUACAGCUCGGCUUUGGGGCCACGACGCCGCGGGGAGGAGGAGUCUGGGGGUGCGGAGGGGAGUUCGGAGCUCCCGGGGCCGCAGAGAUCGUCGGCGUGGUCCAGUCCCCCGCCUGCCCGGCGCCGACUGUCUUCACUGCUUGGUCCUGGGCUGGGCGCGGUGGCGUUGCCCCGGAGCCCGCCGCCCGCGGGGCGCGCACCGCCUUGACCCCGGCGGCCCCGCGGCAGGCAGGCGCCCGCAGUUCCAUGGUUGGUUCAGAGCGCGAUGAGCCGCCCGUCCUCCACCGGCCCCAGCGCUAACAAACCCUGCAACAAGCAGCCGCCGCCGCAGCCCCAGCACGCUCCGUCCCCGGCUGCGCCCCCGGCCGCCGCCACCAUCUCGGCUGCGGGCCCCGGCUCGUCCGCGGUGCCCGCCGCGGCGGCGGUGAUCUCGGGCCCCGGAGGCGGCGGCGGGGCUGGCCCGGUGUCCCCGCAGCACCACGAGCUGACCUCGCUCUUUGAGUGCCCGGUCUGCUUUGACUAUGUCUUGCCCCCAAUCCUGCAGUGCCAGGCCGGGCACCUGGUGUGUAACCAAUGCCGCCAGAAGUUGAGCUGCUGCCCGACGUGCAGGGGCGCCCUGACGCCCAGCAUCAGGAACCUGGCUAUGGAGAAGGUGGCCUCGGCAGUCCUGUUUCCCUGCAAGUAUGCCACCACGGGCUGUUCCCUGACCUUGCACCACACGGAGAAACCAGAACACGAAGACAUCUGUGAAUACCGUCCCUACUCCUGCCCUUGUCCUGGCGCUUCCUGCAAGUGGCAGGGGUCCCUGGAAGCCGUGAUGUCCCAUCUCAUGCACGCCCAUAAGAGCAUCACCACCCUACAGGGGGAAGAUAUCGUCUUUCUGGCCACAGACAUUAACCUGCCAGGGGCCGUGGACUGGGUGAUGAUGCAGUCGUGUUUCGGCCAUCACUUCAUGCUGGUGCUGGAGAAACAGGAGAAGUACGAGGGCCACCAGCAGUUCUUUGCCAUCGUCCUGCUCAUUGGCACCCGCAAGCAGGCCGAGAACUUCGCCUACAGACUGGAGUUGAACGGGAACCGGAGGAGACUGACCUGGGAGGCCACGCCACGCUCCAUCCACGACGGCGUGUCUGCAGCCAUCAUGAACAGCGACUGCCUGGUGUUCGACACAGCCAUAGCGCAUCUUUUUGCAGAUAAUGGGAACCUUGGAAUCAAUGUGACUAUUUCUACCUGUUGUCCGUGAUGCACCGAAAUGAUGUGGGCAGAACACUCUAUGGUUAAUAAAGGUUUUUAUAGAUGUUUUA